UUGUAUAUAUAUAUAUAUAUAUAAAUAAUGACUUGUUUUAGUUUAUUUACUUACGGUUAUAAAGUAAUUGUUCUUCUAAAACACAAAUACACAAAAUAAUAAACUUUUUAAGAUAAAAUUAAGUGAUUUUUUAUAACGUUACACUGGGAAUAGUAUUACAAAAGUUGUCAACGGACAAGAAACGUAAGUCUCAACAAUAUGUUAUAAUGUACGCGUGUAAGCCGUUGAAACCAAACCACAUAGCCCCUUAAACUAUCUGUAGUCGUCAACACAGGCGUCACACGCGAACAAGAUGGCGCACUAAACAAAAGGACCAGGCGCAAAUAGCAGAUGUGACAACGUAACAAUACAUAGUUAUCACUUAACUGGGAUAGUCGUACCAACAUCUACCAGCAGCAGCUGCUCCGAUGUUUGUGAUUGUAACCGGUAAACCGGCAACAAACAAAUCGCCGUCAAGCAGGACCUUGAUAUGCUGAUAACACGGAUAGUACUGAGCAAUGAGCACAUGAGUGUCGAGUGAUGCGACUGUAUGUUCAAAAAAUUAAAUGUAGGUAAGAAAUUGAGUAUUAUUUUUAAAUUUCUUUUAUCUACCGAUUAACUUUUUUUUAUACACCACUGCAUAGAAUAUAAUUGUCUCAUUCCUUGAUUAUUAUUUUCUAAUAUUAAUGACAGUUAUAACUUAAAAAAGGUUUUUUUUUUUUAAUUAAUACAUUAAUUUCGUUGAAUAAUCACACUUUUCAGUGUAGAACCAUGAAUACGUUUGAAAUAACUCAGUCGUCUAACUGGUACAAAUCUAAUGUAAUGACUAUGGAUAAAUAUGGCACACUCUUGGCAUACGGUUCAAGAACUGUCGUAGUACUGGUUAAGGGCUUAAAUGGGAAUAGUAUUUAUGAUCUCCAGUACAGUCGUCUUCGGUUUAAUGCCAAAGUAUCUAGUGGUCGCAUCGGAGCAGUUUCAUUCUCUCAUGAAACUGAUACACAUGAAGAUGCGUACUAUUUAGCUUCAAUAGAUGAAGUAAAUAUUUAUAUUUGGAAAGUAAAAAACACAAUUUGUGAACAUGUAUAUUCUCUUGGGAGCAAAAAAAAUAAAAACAUAGGAUUAUUGGAUAUAGUUUGGCUGUAUGGUUGUUUAACUGUUGUGGCAAUAUCUGAUGCAGGAAGCUUACAUAAAUGGGAUGUUCAAGCAUUGAAAAUGCGAAAUUACACAUUAGACUUAAAACUUUCACCUUUAACUUUAGCAGCUUGUCCCCACAAGACAAACCUAAUUGCUAUUGGUUGUAAAAGUGGCAGUGUUAUAGUUUAUGAUGUAACUGGCGAUGGUCGAGUAUUACAUAAAUUACGAUAUCAUGAAAGAAAUGUUGUAUCAUUGGCAUGGUGUCCAGUUUCUCAUAAUCCACUAACUUUGGAUAAGUCUUCUCAACCAUUAUUACUAGCUUCAACUGCUUGUGAUAGAACUGGUUUAUACAUAUGUCGUGCUGGUACUGACAUGUAUUGUGAGGUUACAGUACCUUUACCAAUGAGACCAAUGAGGAAAACCAUUUUCAAAAAUAAGACAAACUUAGUUUGGAGUUGCAUUAAAUGGAUACAACCUACCUCAAUAAUUGUGACAUCUGGUUUUGGUGAAAUUCUUAAAGUUGAUUUCCAACUAAAUAAAGAUAUGGCGCCAGUUAUAACAUUAAUUAAUGAUAUGCAUAAAGACGUUAUUUUUUCUAUAGCCAGUCCUGUGGAAGCUUCUAAACCAUAUUUGUGGUCAUCGUGCAUGGGAAGAAAAUUAAUUCGAACCCCUUUAUUUGACACCUCAGUUAAUGGAGAAUUACCUUUAGAAAUACCUACUCUAGGUGGAUUUGUAUAUUGUUUCGCUUUAUCUCCUGUCAAUUCUGCUGAUUUUGCAUUUGGUCUUGGAGAUGGUAAAAUGUAUUAUUGGAAUGUAUCAAAUAGACGCCAGUUAGAAUUAAUAACUUUAAGUCAUUCUGUUGAUGCUAAAGUUUUAUCUUUGGCUUUCCAUCCAAGCGAUGAAGGUUUAUUAGCAUUUGGUACUAGUGAUGGUCGUGUUGGUAUUUUUAAUCUUACCAAAAAAAGAAACAAUAUGAACCUAUUAAAAACUGUACUAGCUCAUUCAAUUUAUCGCUUAUGUUGGGCACCACCUCCAGAUACUGAUAUUACCCAUGAAAACAAAUAUUCAUUAUAUGCUGUUGGUAAUGGUCAAAUUUUGAUUUAUAAUGAAAUGAGUUUAUGGAAAGAUCCACACAAUUUAAAAGAAUUUGCAUCAUUUAAUCACAUUGAAGAUAAACUUGUUACACCUGUUAAACGUAUUGAAAUGGCAUGGAAACCAAGUUAUGAUACAGUUGCGAUAGGAAAUUCUAAUGGGAGCAUUUAUUUAUUAGAUGGGCGUACAUUAAAAUUAAAGCAUGUAGUACUUGGUCAUGAUCAAUCUGUUGAAUGUAUUAUUUGGCAUCCUACUCAUGUAACUUGUGAUUUUAGUGAAGAAUCCAAGUUUAAAAAUUAUUUUGCAUCAUGCUCACAUUCUAUUAAAGUACAUAAAUUAGAAGAAGAUGGAACUCCAGUACUAGUUGCCGAGUUUAAUGGCCAUAAAGAAAAAAUCAAUGAACUUGCUUGGAGUCCUCAUCGUAAUCUAUUGCUUUUAAGUUGUUCUAAUGAUUUCACAGCUAAGAUCUGGGAUGUUCAAAAAUGUGCUCUUAUUGGUGUUUAUUCUAAACAUUUAUGUACUGUAUUGUGCGGAAUGUUUUCGCCAUUAGAUUCUGAUAUAGUCUUCACAGGUUCUGCUGACCAUUCAAUUCAUUCAUGGCGAGUGUCAAAGGAUUUACAAAAUGAUGUUUUGGCAACUAUAAAAACUAAUCCAACAAUAAUAAAGAAAAAAUCUGAUACAGAAGAUCUUGAUAAUCUCAGCCAGACAGGAAAUAUUAAUGCAAAUAAUAAAGAACCUACCAAUAGAAAGCAACAGUUCCCAUUAUCUAGUUAUGAUUUGUUUAUGGGGAAAUAUUUAGAAAAUGCUGUUGAUAUGUAUUUGAGCCCUAAUAAUGAAGUUGACACUUCUCAAGAGGUUAAUUAUUUAUCAUUUUUUGGUUCAACUGAAAAAAUGAGAAAACUAAUGGUGGAGGAAAGUAAAUCGUUAAAAAAAAAAAUGUCUGCACCAAUGGUUCCUUGUCUAAAUAAUAUUAACAUAUGGGGUCAUAAUUUAGAAUCGUACUUAAAUGAUGCUAUAGAUACAAAAACUAUUAAUGAUUGGAUGAUAGCAGUUGCUCCAAGUAUUAGUUACGAGUUAUGGCUCAAAAUGUGUGCUGCAUAUGCAUUUCAGUUAGAAGAUGCGGGUGAAGUAACCAAAAGCUCAACGUUUUUAGUAGCUUUAAAAAAAUAUAGUGAAGCUGCUUUAAUGUUACUUAAAAAUAAUUUAUUUAGAGAAGCUUUAGCAAUUGCUAGGUGUCAAGAAAAACAGGAUGAUGAAUUAAUUUUUGAAAUCACCAAAAAAUGGGCCGAGUAUAAUGUAUAUCAUGGACAUCCUAAAGAAGCUGCACACUGUUACUUGAGCAUAAAAGAUCCAUGGAAUGCUGUUUCAUGUUUAACUAAGAUUAAACAACCCAAAGAGUUAAUAUUGGCUGCUAAAUUAGCCAGUCGUAUAGAUGAAGAUAUGGAAUUAUCUUUAGUAGUAAAUUUACUAAAAACGGAAUACUUUAAACAUCACAAGUGGAAUGAAGCUAGAGCAUUAUUAAAAGAUCAUCCAAAACUUAAUUACUUAGAAAUGUGGGUUGGUGUUCACGAGUUACUAUUUGAAUUAGGUGAAAAAACUACAUAUGAAGUUGUUAAAAACUGGAUUUUUAAUAUCAACAAUGAAGACAAGUACGUUUUAUUAGAUCAUAUUCUAAAGAAAAUUACAUGGAAACCUGAGUUCUAUGACAAAUUAAUUAAUACAGUUGAACCAGAAUUUAUAUUGGACACUAAUCUUGUUAUGCCCAAAAUGACAAUAUUCAUAGCGGGACAGUUUUGUCUAAUGGCUCUACAAUACAUUAAAACUGGGAAGAUAACAAUUGAUAGCCAAAAAUGUUUAAUAAAAUGCUUUGCAGCGGCUUACGACUAUGAAAUAGCCUUUCCAGACUCUAUUUCAAAAUUUAAUAAGCCUCUAUCAAAAAUAAUGAUGUGGUUUUUUCCUAAAGGCCCGCUAUCAGCAGACAAUUUCAAAAUAUUUGAACAUGAUGAUAAUCUUAAAAAAACCAUAAAAGCAUAUAUAUGCUACGCUUGUUUUUCAUGGUUAAAGCCACUAUUUACAAGUUUGUCUAAAAAAAUAAAACUUUCAUUUGACAAUAAAGAUGAAGAUUCAAAACAAUUACAACAUUUGAGUGAUAUAUUAGCUUUAAUGAAGCAAUAUCGAGAACUAAUUAAUACAUAUAUACUUGAUAUAAUGGACAUAGAAACAUCAAAUUUCUUUAAAGCAAAAAAUGAAAUUGAGCGAAUUGAUUGUUUACUGUCCUCUUCGGUAACUAAUAGUGAAAACAAUUUAGAAUAUGGUAAUACUCGAUUAAAUAGUUCAAAUAUCAAUGCAAAUUACCAAAAAUCAACUGAGGAUACCAAUGGACAUAUUGGAAGUAAAAAUACUUUAGAAAUAAAUCCAUCUAAAUUUUCUGAAGACGACAAAUCAACAAAUCACAAAAAGAUGUCUGAUACUUUUAUGAACUUAGAUAGUAAUAUUAUAAAUAAUAAUGACAAAUUGAUAACUAAUGGUAUUACAAACAAGUCUGUUGAUUUAAGUUUAGAAAAUUCAUAUAUACCAAAUAUGAAUGACCUAUUAGAUGUAUUAGCCACAGAAAUCUAUCCAGACACUAAAGAAUUUGAUACAUUUUUUCAAAGUCUGACUUCAGUUAUAAACAAAUUCCAAGAUUUAGAUAUUAAGUGUUCAGUCCAACAUAUUGCUCAUUUCGAAAUGGAGGCAUCAAGGAAAAGAAAUCUAGAAAAUAUUGUAUCAGAUUUUCAAAAUAAGCGUGUAAAUGCACCUAAUCCUUUAAAAUUCUUAAAUGAGUUACAAAAAACUGUCUCUGAUUUAUAUAAUCACCAUAAAGAUUUUCAAACUAACUAUGAGGAGCAAAAUUCCAUAGCUCACGAAUAAUAUGGAUAUAAACCUUACUAAAUUCUCUUGUUAAAAAAUUGUUUUAUCUAAAACUGCAAUUACUUAGUAUGUAUGUUAAUAUUAAGGUCAUUUUUAACUGUUUAUAAAAUUUGAUUAAGUUUAUUAUUUUAAUUUAUUAAGACUGACUUUUAAGUUUACCCUUCUUUAAUAGUUGUAUAUUGUUAGGAGCUUGUAUAGUUUGAUUAAACAUGCAAUUUAGUUGUUCAACAUAGGUUCUAGGUACAACUUAAAAUUAAUUUUUAUCACUAAACAAAAAUUAGCCAUUAUAAAUGUAUAGCAUAACAAUUGAUAUGUGACUAUUACAAACAAAAAUAACUUUUACUUUUUAAUAUAUU